AUGCUUACAACUUGGCGGCAGGCUUCACUACAGUUGAGGUCUCCAAGCGGCCCCAAUGAACCUCCGCCAAAGAAACUCCCAACAUACCGCAUACGCGGCGUGCCAAAUGGCUGGGACAAAGACAGGCUUGAGUCUUUUCUCGCUGGGAGAGUCUCUGCAUCGCGACCGUCCGUACGAUCUCUAGCCGUCGAGUUCCAUGGACGGUCGCAGACAGCUACAGUUCAGUUCAACAGCACCAGCCGCCUGUCACUGAAGAUACCCCUGCCUGUUUCUGGCAGCGAGUCUCACAGCCUGACGCUUGAUCAUGGCUUUUUGAGCAUCACGAGCCUCUUUAACCCCUCCCCACAGGAUCACAAAGUUGACAUCAUCGCCAUAUCUGGCCUCAGCGGACACGCAUUUGGAUCGUUUAAGGAGCGAAAUGGAGAAUACAUGUGGCUGAGAGACUCCCUUCCAUAUGCCAUCAGUGAUGAGAAUGGUAGGAAUACCGCACGCGUCAUGAUAUAUGGCUAUGAGUCAAGUCUUCCGAACAGCGACAGCUUUCAGAACCUUGAGGAUCUUGGCUCUGCGCUGCACUUCACACUUCGAACGCUGGCACUCGAUGGCACGUUCAAACCCGUUGUAUUCAUCGCUCAUAGCUUGGGUGGAUUGGUGGUUAAACAGCUUCUCAUAUCUCUUAGCAAUUCGAGCGAUGAGCUGGACAAAAAGUUACGUCGCGCAGUCUACGGAAUCGCCUUCUUUGGUGUCCCGCAUGACGGCAUGGACAUUCGUUCGCUUAUUCCCAUGGCCGGGGACAGGCCAAAUCGAUUCCUACUGGAGUCCAUUGGAUCCCAUAGCUCGCAGGUCCUCAGCACUCAGCAACGUGAGUUCACGCAAGCUUUAGGCGGCCAGGGAGAUUCCGAAAUCAUUUCAUUCUACGAAACGCUGAUGUCACCAACCGCGGUCAAGGAUAAGGAGGGCAGAUGGAGUAUGACAGGAGAGCCAGCUGUUCUAGUAUCAAAAGCAUCAGCCACUCAUUGCCGGCCCUGGGAGAACGGGCCCGAGCACACCUGCGCCAUCCAUCGGACACACUCUGAAAUGGUCAAGUUUGCGGACGAAGACCCUGAGUACGACAAGGUCCUCGGCCGCAUCGAUAGCCUCGUCCGACGCGCAAUCCUUAUGCGGAGAGGUAUGGAAAGCGAAGACUCGAAUUGA